AUGAGGGUGUCAGCGCCCCGAGGGCGUCCGGGGUGGAGCGCGGGGGGCGGGCCCAACCGCGGGGCCCUGCGGGGCAGGGGGUCUGACAUCUGGGCCGAGGGCGCGCCGCAGCCAGCCCGCCCCGGGGUCGGGGGGAGAGUCGGGAGAACCCCCGCGGCGUCCAGCGGCGACCGCGGGUGCCCCCGGCCGCCGGCGGCGGGGUGGGUGGGCGGGCGGGAGGGAGGGAGGGGAAGGCUGGCGGACGCCGCGGCGAGCUGGUGGGCAGACCCGGAGUCGCCGCGUAAGCGGGGCCGGCUCAGUGCGGUGCGGCAGGCGCGGCCGUGCGGCGGCGGAAGUCCUUUGUUGCAGCGCCGUCCCUGGCGGAGCCCGAGUGUCUCGGCGCAGCCCUGCCGAGCGCCGCGCGCCGUCAACUGCAGCCCCGCGCCUCCUCGGCUCCGCCCGCCUUCUUCCCCGCCUGCCCCAAACUCCUCUCGGACCUCCGCGGCCGCGCGUCCCGCCGCGCCCGCUCUCCGAGACUGCUUAGAAUUUCCUGAGCCGAAGUUUGAGGCACCCUGA